AUGCCAUCCAUCGCUGAUGAGCUGCCUUCGCUCAGCGACGCGCUAGAGUCGUUGCAUAAGGCGUCACGAACUCCCGCAAAGCAGCGAGCCGUGAAAGUAUCCGGGGUGGUUGACACCAUCUGCCGACACGCGUUUGCCGAUGGUUUAGAUGAGGAUGCUCUUGAGACGGUCGUACACAUUGCGGCAAGGAAGACUGAAUUAGAUCAAACGAGUGUAACAACGUUGGUCAAGAAUCUGUAUCCGGCGCAACGAGUAUCUGGCCAUGUCAUUAUUACUAUCGUGGCUGCACUGGGCCAGGGCAAAGGCAAACCUGCACCAGGCACGCAGGAUAGCCUUGUGAGGUGGCUUAUAUUGGUUCACGAGAUCAUCGAUGAUGCCAGUGUCCUCUCUCGACUAUAUGGCGUUCUUUUUGGGAUGUUGGACACCAUCAGUAUUAGGACAUCUCUGUGUCACCUGCUGUCCUUGAUCACUCGGAGGAAGCAUGUGAAACCGUUCAGAAUACAGCAACUACUUGAAUUAUCCCGCGGUCUUGGUAACGAACCUCCGCUUCAGGGUCUUCUCCGCGUUUACAAAGACUACUAUCCGGACAUCAUCCUCGGAAACGCAUCCACGAGCCGAAAGUCGUUUGCACCGCAACCUGAUGCGGAGUGGCGAGCGAGGGUGUUGACAAUCCGAGAGACUCUCACGGCAGCCGACACGUUCAUAUCUGAACAACACAACGGCUUCAAGGUCGCUCGGCACGGGCCAAAGAAGGCCAUGGCAUCAGGCAUACCUGACGUUCACACCUAUUUUGCCACCGAGAGCUCCGUAACUCUCGAGGGCAUUGAUGACGUCCAGUCCUUUGUGGAGAGGCUGGACAGGAUCGAGCCCCCUGGUCAGCUAAUCUCUUUUCUGACAGAUCCACUUCUACAGAAGUUUGUCGAGCUGAGACCAACUCCUAUUUUGUCUGCACGAGCCGGGUUGUGGCUUGCGACCUGCCUCGAAGAGCAAGUCAAUCUGGCUGGUCGCAAUGCUGAGGAUCUCGCCUUCUCGGCCAGAUUGUUCGAUGGACUUCUGAGACAUGCACAGUAUUCCAAGACUCUGCUUCCCAUGGUACCAAUCUUCUUGAAGGAGUUCCUUUCAACCUGGAAUGGCCACGAACAUGCCGAUGUUGUUCUUGCGCUGCUUGCGUACAUUCCUGGGAACUCCUUCAAAGACCUAUAUUCCGAGUACUUCCUUAUAGCUGAACAGAUACUUUCGCGCGUCAGUCCGUCAUCAUGCACACUCCUGGUCAGCUUCUACACAACACUGCUUCAGCAUCGCGUGUCAGCUCUCGCCCAGCAACGCCCCAUACAGCAUCAACCUGCACCCAGCUCUCCAGAGCAACAUUUUGUGAAAGACCUCGUCGCACAUGUCGCUACGUUCUCGACUUCUCUAGCUCUUUCGCUUCCGCCAGAUGCGGGAGCCGAACUUACUUCCUCCAUCCUUUCCUGCUGGGAGCUGCUUUCUACAUCCUCAAAACCACAUGUCAUCCCCAUCAUACUCCCGCCGAUGCAUCUGAUCUAUCAUUUGUUACAGAGCUCGUCAGCAGAUGUGGUGUCCCGGAUUUGCGGCAUCAUUGGCAAUUACAAGCAAGCUUUCGACGAGCACCCUAGGCCAGUCAAACACUACUACCCUAGCGAAGUGACAGAUGGACUGAACUGGUGCUUGCGCGACAUUUACAACUUCUUCUGGGUAGCUCGUGGGCUUGUGGUAGCAGAUCAGAAAUCUGUCGGCAUGCAUUGUGACCCAGGUCUGCGCUCUUCGCUCAACGACUAUCUGAGUGGACUAGACCGCGGGUACGCUAUCGGUCAUGCCUUUGGGUUAUCGAAUAAUGCGUGGCUUGCGUCGAUGUCUUCUGCAGCGUGGCAUGCACUUGAGGAACAGGAAAUCGACCGGGAAGGAUACGAUCGAGGUGGCAUCAGGUGGCAUAAAGGUCCAGUGAGUCAGCAAAGUCUGGCGAUACUGAAGAAUGGUGGUGUGAACGUGGACUGGGAAGGCGCGAGUGGAUAUAAAGUGUUCGUACUGAACUGGCUGGCAGAAAGAGGACUGGGAGGCCUCAGAGAGUUGAUGUUCGCAACUGUCACAGAUCUGAGAGCAGGACAGACCGGCAGCUGA